UUAUUAUUUUAACAGCAACGAUCUCUUUAAAGAUGUUGGAGAAGUUGUUCAUGUUCGACUUAUUGUAAACCACAAUGGCAAGCAUAUGGGCUGUGGCUUUGUUGAGUUUGCUUCUGCUAACGAAGCAAAAGAGGCGCUGGAAAAGAAGAAAGGUGAAUACUUGCACAAAUGCAAGAUUUUUCUUGAAGCGGCCGAGAUAGCUCUAUACCGUCCACCCAAGUAUUGCAUAGAUCACAAGGUUUGGUAUGAAGACUACCUUCGACGAGAAAGCCUUCUGAUAGAAGAUGAGGUUGUGGAAGGACUUGAUGAAACUCCUGCUUUUGUUGAGGAGGUUGCUGUAAAUAAAAAGACGCUCUUUGUUGCCAAUCUCUCUCACGAAACUAAAAUAUCACAUAUCAUCGAUUUCUUCAAAGAUGUUGGAGAAGUUUGUCGUGCUCGACUUAUUGUAAAUCACAUGGGUGAGCAUGUGGGCUGUGGCUUUGUUGAGUUUGCUUCAGCUGACGAAGCAAAGAAGAUACAUCUUGACGUGGCUGAGCUAGCUCCAUACCCUCUCCGACCCAAGUACAACCUUGCAGAAAGGCUUUUUUGGUGCGAACGAGAAAGCCUUCUGAAGAAACAUAAGAAGAAAGAGAAGGCACGUAAGAAGUUCGAAUUGUGCGGUACAAAGGUUACCUUCUCUUACGACGAAGACUGAUAGAAGAAGAUGAAUCUCUUUGGUGUGUUAAACUUGUGACGACAAUGCAACUUAUUUUUAUUACUUUCUUGUGUUCUUUUUGUGUGAAAAGCUUUGUUGUUAAA